UCUCCGAACCGGAAGUGGUGUGGGUUACCAAACCGCAUUGAUUUCCCUACACAACGUGAGAGAACUGUUUUAUUCAUUUACACUUCUGCAAACAACAGCCUUGUAUCGCAGUUAAUACGACGCAGAAAGGACCCAGAUCAGGCAGCAAUGCUGACGGACGCAGACUAUUCUGGAAAUGCGUCUGGGGCUCGUCGGUCCAAGAAGAGGAGCUCGGGUGACUCACCGGGCGACGGCCAGUCUGUCCGCUCCUCCGGAAGGCAGGUCAACGUCAGGGUGAAGCGAACCAACAACCCUCCUCCUGGGCAGUGCAAGAGAAAAGCCACAGACACAGAGGAGGAAGACGAGCAGUCUGAGAAGAAGUACAGGAAAUGCGAGAAAGCGGGAUGCUCUGCCACGUACCCCGUCUGCUUCGCCAGCUCUAAUGAAAGGUGCGCUAAGAACGGCUACACCUCUCGCUGGUACCAUCUCUCCUGUGGGGAGCACUUCUGCAACGAGUGCUUCGACCACUACUACAGAAGCCAUAAAGACGGCUAUGAGACCUACGCUUCAUGGAAGAAAGUGUGGACCAGCAAUGGGAAAAGCGAGCCCAGCCUCAAAGCUUUCAUGGCCGACCAGCAGCUGCCCUUCUGGGUCCAGUGCACCAAGCCGGCCUGCAGGAAGUGGCGUCAGCUGACCAAGGAGAUCGCGCUGACCCCCGCCAUGGCGAUGUCGUACCGCUGCGGCGUCAAGUUCAACAACACUAAGAUUGAAGGGUCCGACCAGUGCUCUCAACCAGAAGAUUUGCGCGUGGCCGAGGUGAUUGACAGCUGGUGGCACUCCAUGCUGAUCCUGCCCCCGCUGCUGAAGGACAGCCCCGCCAGCCCCUUCCUGGCCGCCUACUACCCCGACUGCGUGGGCAUGAGCCCCUCCAGCUGCCCCGGCAGCGGGGCCGAGCUCCGGGGCCAGCACUGCCGGACCGCCCAGCCCCAGAUCCCCGGCCUGAGCCCCUACUUCCAGCCCUUCUACCAGCCCAACGAGUGCGGCAAGGCGCUGUGCGUGCGGCCCGACAUGAUGGAGCUGGACGAGCUGUACGAGUUCCCCGAGUUCUCCCGGGACCCCACCAUGUACCUGGCCCUCAGGAACCUCAUCCUGGCCGCCUGGCACCGGGACUGCAAGGAGGUGCUGACUCCGCAGAAAUGUGCGCCCCACAUCGUGGUGCGCGGGCUGGUGCGGGUGCGCUGCGUGCAGGAAAUGGACCGCGUGCUGCACUUCAUGACCAGGAAGGGUCUGAUCAACACAGGGGUCCUGGCGGUCAGCCGGCCCCUGCUGCCGGAGAGAUACCGCUCGAAGAACGUUAUCGUGAUCGGCGCCGGGGCGUCUGGGCUUGCCGCUGCUCGCCAACUGCAGAACUUUGGCACUCAGGUGGUGGUUCUGGAGGCCAGGGAGCGGAUCGGGGGCCGCGUCUGGGACGACGCCUCUCUGGGGGUGACCGUGGGUCAGGGGGCCCAGAUCGUCAACGGCUGCGUCAACAACCCCAUCGCCCUGAUGUGUGAGCAGAUGGGCAUCAAGAUGCACAAACUGGGCGAGAGGUGCGACCUGUUCCAGGAGGGAGGUCACAUGACCGACACUGCCAUAGACAAGCGCAUGGAGUUCCACUUCAAUGCCAUCCUGGACGUGGUGGCGGAGUGGCGGAAGGACAAGACGCAGAACCAAGAUGCGCCUCUAGGAGAGAAGGUCAAGGAGGUGUACAAGAACUUCCUGCAGGAGUCGGGGAUCCAGUUCAGUGAGCUGGAGGAGAAGGUGAUGCAGUUCCACCUCAGCAACCUGGAGUACGCCUGCGGGAGCACACUGGACCAGGUGUCGGCGCGGUCCUGGGACCACAACGAGUUCUUUGCCCAGUUCUCAGGGGACCACACGCUGCUCACCAGGGGCUACUCCGCCCUGCUGCUCAGGCUGGCCCAGGGCCUCGACAUACGCACCAAGUGUGCCGUUCAGUCCAUCGACUACUCGGGUGAUGUCAUCAAGGUGACAUCCUCAAAGGGAUCUCAGUGGACGGCUCACAAGGUGCUUGUGACGGUGCCGUUGACUCUGCUGCAGAAGAACCUGAUCCAGUUCUACCCUCCUCUCCCUGAGAGGAAGCUCAAAGCUCUUAACAGCCUCGGGGCCGGCAUCAUAGAGAAGAUCGCCCUGCAGUUCCCCUACAGGUUCUGGGACAAGAAGGUCCAAGGCGCGGACUACUUCGGCCACGUCCCUCCCAGUCCGGACCAGCGGGGCAUGUUCGGGGUCUUCUACGACCUGGAUCCACAGGGGAAGCAGUCGGUGCUGAUGUCAGUCAUCACGGGGGACGCUGUGCCCUUCGUGCGUGACGCGGGGGAGUCGGAGGUGGUCUGCGAGUGCAUGAAGGUCCUGCGGCAGCUCUUCAAGGAGCAGGAGGUCCCAGAGCCGCUGAACUACUUUGUCACUCAGUGGAGCAAAGACGUGUGGUCCCAGAUGUCCUACAGCUUCGUGAAGACAGGGGGCAGUGGAGAGGCCUACGACAUCAUCGCCGAGGACGUGCAGGGGAAGCUCUUUUUUGCUGGCGAAGCAACCAACCGACAUUUUCCUCAGACGGUUACCGGAGCCUACCUCAGCGGGGUCAGGGAAGCCAGCAAAAUGUCCGCCGUUUAAAACCUGACCCCACAAGGAACCCAUAACACCAGCACACACUCACGGGUCACACAGUACGACACAAGCUACCGUUGCUCAACCUGUACUGAGUUGCUUUUGGAUUGCUCCUCUUUAAAAACUGUGUUUUUGCUACUCGUACUGUGAUAUGUGUACAGACUGGCAGAAUACUGUUUCCAACAUGAAGAAGACCAUGUAUGUCAGGGGCUAGCUCUUUAUUUAUUUCCGCAAGGAUUAUAGCACUUUUUGUCUCAAACUAUUAACAGUGUCAUUUUUCGGUUGAUGGGGAAAAAUAAAUAAAUAUUUAUGCUCAUUCGAAAGCCCAUCUGAUGGAAUCAAAGUUUGGAUUUCCAGUUAAGUGAAUAGUGUACUAGGUAUCCUCUUACGGGGGGGGGACCAGGCUGUUUCAAACACCCUUAAACAUUAAAUUGGUAAUGUUCUCGUGAACAGAAAAGACCACACGUUUAGAAGCGAUAGCAUUUCUGUUGGCGCAUUUUGGAUGACUGUUAUUUUGUUUUUCCUAUUUAAGUCAUUACACUACAUCAGUAACAAUGCUUCCUUUUUUGGAUGUGCUCAAUAUAUAUAGGCCUACCAUCUUAAAGAAAAUCAGGGAAAGGCUACAACUUUCAAAUAAUUUAUACCAUGGCCUAUCAUACACUAUUUGUUCUAUAUGUGUGUAAUAAAAAAAAGUAUAACUGCCAA